AUGGAAGUGAUGAUAACUCUUCUGCUUCUCUUCAGUACAUUUUCUCUGGGGAAUACAGAAGUUGAAGAGUGCCCCUUUGGAUGGACGCCUUUUGGCGAGAAAUGCUACAAAUACUUCUCUCCACAAGUUGACUGGAUCACAGCUGAGAAAAACUGUCAAAGCCGUGACUCCAAUCUUGCACCUGUGCGAAGUCAAGUGGAAAAUGAAUUUCUGCUCAGUCUGGUGCCUGUUUCUGCACGUUGUUGGAUUGGUGGUCAUGAUGGGGUAAAGGAUGGACAAUGGUUGUGGAGUGAUGGGACCACCUUUGACUACACCAACUGGUGCUCUAAUGAACCUAGUGGGGGUACUGCGACCUGCUUGGAAAUGAACUGGACCAAUAAACGUUGCUGGAAAGAUCAACCCUUUUCAACUCCAAUGGGCUAUAUUUGUGCUAAAAGCAUGUGA